AGCCCGGCCCGCAGCCCCCGGCCUGCGGCCCCCACCUUCUCGGCCGGGCAGGAAGUGACAGGCCCGGAGCGAGCCCCGGAGGCCUGGCUGAGCCGCGGCCGGGCCCGCACCCGGAGCGGCGGGAGGGGCGGGGAGCCGCGGCCGCGCCGGGCACCUCCCACCCCGCCCUCGGCGCCCCCGCCCCUCCAGGAAGGGGAGGAGGCGAGGGGAGCCCGCCGCGGAGGCCGAGCGAGCCCCCAGCCCAGCCUGGCGACUGGGGACCCCGGCACGUGAGGUGGACGCCCCCGGGGAGGACUUGGGUGCAGAGCCAGGCGAGAAGGUCUUGAGUCAGAGCACCAGCCUUGGGGACCCUGGACCACUAUCAUGGAGACUGAGAGCGAGCAGAACUCCAACUCCACCAAUGGGAGUUCCAGCUCAGGGGGCAGCUCUCGGCCCCAGAUAGCUCAAAUGUCACUAUACGAACGACAAGCAGUGCAGGCUCUGCAGGCACUGCAGCGGCAGCCCAAUGCAGCUCAGUAUUUCCACCAGUUCAUGCUCCAGCAGCAGCUCAGUAAUGCCCAGCUGCAUAGCCUGGCUGCCGUCCAGCAGGCCACAAUUGCUGCCAGUCGGCAGGCCAGCUCCCCAAACACCAGCACUGCACAGCAGCAGACUACCACCACCCAGGCCUCGAUCAAUCUGGCCACCACAUCGGCCGCCCAGCUCAUCAGCCGAUCCCAGAGUGUGAGCUCUCCCAGUGCUACCACCUUGACCCAAUCUGUGCUACUGGGGAACACCACCUCCCCACCCCUCAACCAGUCUCAGGCCCAGAUGUAUCUACGGCCACAGCUGGGAAACCUAUUGCAGGUAAACCGAACCCUGGGUCGGAAUGUGCCUCUAGCCUCCCAACUCAUCCUGAUGCCUAAUGGGGCAGUGGCUGCAGUCCAGCAGGAAGUGCCAUCUGCUCAGUCUCCUGGAGUUCAUGCAGAUGCAGAUCAGGUGCAGAACUUGGCAGUAAGGAAUCAACAGGCCUCAGCUCAAGGACCUCAAAUGCAAGGCUCCACUCAGAAGGCCAUUCCUCCAGGAGCCUCCCCUGUCUCUAGCCUCUCCCAGGCCUCUAGCCAGGCCCUGGCGGUGGCACAGGCUUCCUCUGGGGCCACAAACCAGUCCCUCAACCUUAGUCAAGCUGGUGGAGGCAGUGGGAAUAGCAUCCCAGGGUCCAUGGGUCCAGGUGGAGGUGGCCAGGCACAUGGUGGUUUGGGUCAGUUGCCUUCCUCAGGAAUGGGUGGUGGGAGCUGUCCCAGGAAGGGCACAGGAGUGGUACAGCCCUUGCCUGCAGCCCAAACAGUGACUGUGAGCCAGGGCAGCCAGACAGAGGCAGAAAGUGCAGCAGCCAAGAAGGCAGAAGCAGAUGGGAGUGGCCAGCAGAAUGUGGGCAUGAACCUGACACGGACAGCCACACCUGCGCCCAGCCAGACACUUAUUAGCUCAGCCACCUACACACAGAUCCAGCCCCAUUCACUGAUUCAGCAACAGCAACAGAUCCACCUCCAGCAGAAACAGGUGGUGAUCCAGCAGCAGAUUGCCAUCCACCACCAGCAGCAGUUCCAGCACCGGCAGUCCCAGCUCCUUCACACAGCUACACACCUCCAGUUGGCGCAGCAGCAGCAGCAGCAACAACAGCAACAGCAACAGCAGCAGCAGCCGCAAGCCACCACCCUCACUGCCCCUCAGCCACCACAGGUCCCACCUACUCAGCAGGUCCCACCUUCCCAGUCCCAGCAGCAAGCCCAAACCCUGGUUGUUCAGCCCAUGCUUCAGUCUUCACCCUUGUCUGUUCCACCUGAUGCAGCCCCUAAGCCACCAAUUCCCAUCCAAUCCAAACCACCUGUAGCACCUAUCAAGCCACCUCAGUUAGGGGCUGCUAAGAUGUCAGCUACCCAGCAACCACCACCCCAUAUCCCUGUGCAAGUUGUAGGCACUCGACAGCCAGGUACAGCCCAGGCACAGGCUUUGGGGUUGGCACAGCUGGCAGCUGCUGUACCUACUUCCCGGGGGAUGCCAGGUACAGUGCAGUCUGGUCAGGCCCAUUUGGCCUCCUCGCCACCUUCAUCCCAGGCUCCUGGUGCACUGCAGGAGUGCCCUCCCACAUUGGCCCCUGGGAUGACCCUUGCUCCUGUGCAGGGGACAGCACAUGUGGUAAAGGGUGGGGCUACCACCUCCUCACCUGUUGUAGCCCAGGUCCCUGCUGCCUUCUAUAUGCAGUCUGUGCACUUGCCGGGUAAACCCCAGACACUGGCUGUCAAACGCAAGGCUGACUCUGAGGAGGAGAGAGAUGAUGUCUCCACAUUGGGUUCAAUGCUUCCUGCCAAGGCAUCUCCAGUAGCAGAGAGCCCAAAAGUCAUGGACGAGAAGAGCAGUCUUGGAGAAAAAGCUGAAUCGGUGGCUAAUGUGAAUGCUAAUACCCCAAGCAGUGAACUAGUAGCCUUGACCCCCGCCCCAUCAGUACCGCCUCCUACACUAGCCAUGGUGUCUAGACAAAUGGGUGACUCAAAACCCCCACAGGCCAUCGUGAAGCCCCAGAUCCUCACCCACAUCAUUGAAGGCUUUGUUAUCCAGGAAGGAGCAGAACCUUUCCCGGUGGGUUGUUCUCAGUUACUGAAGGAGUCUGAGAAGCCACUACAGACUGGCCUUCCGACAGGGCUGACUGAGAAUCAGUCAGGUGGCCCUUUGGGAGUGGACAGCCCAUCUGCCGAGUUAGAUAAGAAGGCGAAUCUCCUGAAGUGCGAGUACUGUGGGAAGUACGCCCCCGCAGAGCAGUUUCGUGGCUCUAAGAGGUUCUGCUCCAUGACUUGCGCUAAGAGGUACAAUGUGAGCUGUAGCCAUCAGUUCCGGCUGAAGAGGAAAAAAAUGAAAGAGUUUCAAGAAGCCAACUAUGCUCGCGUUCGCAGGCGUGGACCCCGCCGCAGCUCCUCUGACAUUGCCCGUGCCAAGAUUCAGGGCAAGUGCCACCGGGGUCAAGAAGACUCUAGCCGGGGUUCAGAUAAUUCCAGUUAUGAUGAAGCACUCUCUCCAACAUCUCCUGGGCCUUUAUCAGUAAGAGCUGGGCAUGGAGAACGUGACCUGGGGAAUCCCAAUACAGCUCCACCUACACCGGAAUUACAUGGCAUCAACCCUGUGUUCCUGUCCAGUAAUCCCAGCCGUUGGAGUGUAGAGGAGGUGUACGAGUUUAUUGCUUCUCUCCAAGGCUGCCAAGAGAUUGCAGAGGAAUUUCGCUCACAGGAGAUUGAUGGACAGGCCCUUUUAUUGCUUAAAGAAGAACAUCUUAUGAGUGCCAUGAACAUCAAGCUGGGCCCUGCUCUCAAGAUCUGCGCCAAGAUAAAUGUCCUCAAGGAGACCUAAGGUGGCCCACUUGCACAAACUAGCCUAAGGCAGACACUCCCCACUGUCCAGGUUAUAACCUGGUACCAGCAGAGACUUUGCAGGGAAGAAAGAGUUGUUCCAAUCAUGUAAACCUUCUGUAGGGGAUUACUGAGAAAGGGAAGAGAAGUGCAAGAAUUGGUUGCUGGUGCUACGUGGCGGCAGCUUUGACAUUUUCUCUGGGUUCUACUUUAUUUUAUAAAAUCUUUAUAAUGCUCACCAUUUCACCUACCUUAGUCCAAUCUUUAUAAAAGAGGCAGUCUAGAGAACUAGGACUGCUCAGCCUUAUCCUGGAGUGGAGCAUUUAGCCCAGGUCGUAAUUCUCCAAGAGGACGAAUACAUAGUAUGGUAAGGCAAGGAACUGGGUGGAAUGUCAGGUUGCCUGCCCAAUGGGAGAGGUAGGGUUUUUCUAGCUUGUGUGACAGAAGUAGCAAAAUCUGGUACUCCCCCUCCCAGUGUAGCUGUGGCUCAGUUUUCUCUUUGUUGUCACUUACUCCCUUGUGAUUGAUUGCAUUUUUUCUCCUGCAUCCAUGGCAGGAUCCCCAGCCAGUAUAGAGACUUGGUUGGCAUCUUUCUUAUGCUGCAGGGACUUAACGUAUUUGACUGGGGCACAUGUGGCUGUUGUCAUUCUUUCUGCAUCCCACUGUUCCCCUCCAAUUUGUUAUUUUCUACCCUAUUUUUCAGUUCCAACUCUGCUGUGUCCUAUAGCUUUAUAAAACCAGAGUGCGUGGGGCUGAGGUCAGGAGUAUAAGUACCUGCCUUAGGCACUAUUCCUUAUAUAACAAAAAUAUUAAAUAUUUUUUUCCUCAGUAAAAGGAUGAAAAUUGGUUUCAGUUGUCUUACUCUAUUCCAGUCUUUGCCCACUUUCACACAAAUGACGAGGCCAAUGUUUUGUUUUUUAAUCAUUAAGAGUUUUUGUACAAAAAGUGAUGGUUUUUUUCUUCAUUUUAAAACACCAGGGUGUGGGAGAGGGAUGCAAACAAAUAACAAAAAAGAUGCUUUUGUAACAUUAUUUUCCCUGUUUAGAAAGAAGAAAAUCACUCCAAUAGUACUGAAAAGUCCAAAGAUGAAAGUUUCAUUUUCUUUUCCUAAGGCUUAUAAAAGGCCCCCUGCCUGUUGAUUCCAUCCCUCUUUUGUGUCCAGUGGAGCCAUGUUACUCUUCAGUGGCCCAGGGGUUCACUAUUAAAGAAAGAUCAGUCCAGGUUUCUGGGCACAUGGCCUAAACAGGAAGAUGGAAGCAUCAGAGGAUUAAAAACCUUUCCCCACAGAAAUGUGGGCAAGAAGACACUUCCCUGAGCCAGCAGAAGGGACAGGUGCAGCAGCAUUCCACACCCAGCGCAGAGGACAGCAGAGCCCUCAAUGUCCCACUUCUGCUUCCGUUCCCUUUCUAGAUUGAAAAAAAGGUCAAAACCACAUGCCUGUGGAGAAAGUGCGACAUAUGUUUAGAAAUACUGGUAUAGGGAACCAGGGGUAAGAAAAGCUUUACCAGCUUUUACUACAAAUGGAUGAGAGACAUCAGGAUCCCACCACCACAAGGUAAAGUGACUUCCCUUUUCUGGAACCCCUGUGGCACAGGAGUUCCAAUUUUCCUUUCCAACGGACUGGAUUUCAGGAUAGGCAUUUUGGCUGUAUGUGGACAGAUAAGACCACAAUCCUUAGCCCAAUCCCAGCUAUACAGUCACCCCAAUUUCCACAAAUCAUGUGAUGGUACCGUAUAAUCCUGUAAUUGGGAAAUUGCACAUUUUUCCUGUCCUAAUCCCAGAGGUGGGAGAAGCAAGUCUAGAAUAUCUCCAGGCUCAGACUAAAUGAGAGUACUUGGACUGCAACCAAGUAAUCACUGCAAAGUAGUUCCAAGCAGCAAGAAAUACCAGAUUCUCAUGGAGACUACUAUAGGGUACAGAAUAACAUGAAAGCAAUCAAACCUGUAUAAAUGUUUCUUGGCAUUUUUUUUAAAUUAAAGAAA